CCCUCGAGAACAGCGGAAGCUGCUCCGCCAUCGAGGGAAAAAAAAAUGCCGUCGUAGGCUGCUGCGGCGGCGGCGAUGAUGGCGUCUUCCAAGUCCAGAGAACCCGAUCCGUCCCGUCCCCUCUCUCUCUCCUCCGCCGAUUUGUUGACCGCCGUCGACGGCGGCGGCGGCGGCUCCGCCAUGGCCGCCCGCAGCGCCUCCGCCCCCUCCUCCUCCGCUACUCCCUCCUCCGAGUCGACCCUCCUCGACGCCCCCGCGGCGGCGGCGGCGGCGGCGCCCCCCAGGACCGUUGACGACGUGUGGCGGGAGAUCGUCGCCGGGCAGAGGAGGGAGUGCAAGGAGGAAGUCCCGGACGAGAUGAUGACUCUGGAGGAUUUCCUGGUCAGGGCGGGCGCUUCCGUCGGGGUGGAGGAGGAGGAGGAGGAGGAGGAGGGGGAGGAGGUGGAGGAGGAGGAGGAUGUGGAGGUGAAGGUGAAGGUGCCCCCCGCCGAGAGGAUGGGCAGCAUGGGCAGCGGGGCGUUCGCGUUCGACGCGAUGGGGCCCAGCACGAUAGAGACGGUGGAAGGGUCCAUCGUGGGGUUUGGUAAUGGGGUGGAGUUGAUCGGGGUAGGGAGAGGGAAGAGAGGGGCGUGCGUGCUGGAGCCGUUGGAUAAGGCGGCGCAGCAGAGGCAGAGGAGGAUGAUCAAGAACAGAGAGUCCGCGGCGAGGUCUAGGGAGAGGAAGCAGGCGUACCAAGUGGAACUGGAGUCCUUGGCUGUGCGACUAGAAGAAGAGAAUGCGCAGCUAUUGAAAGAGAAGGCUGAGAGGACUAAAGAGAGGUUCAGGCAGGUUUUCUAUUUAACAUCAUCCAUCCUUGCAGCUCAUGGAGAAAGUGGUUCCCAUUGUGGAGAAGCCAAAAACAGCUCGGGUUUUGAGGAGAGUUCAAUCAUUGCAGUGGUAAAAAACAUCAUGCUUAAAAGUGCGAGAUGGGAGAUUCAACCUUCUCUGCCGUGGGAAGGGUGGAAAUGAAGCAUCCAUAUGAUUAUCUUCAGAUUGAUUGUUGUGGCAGUGGCAUUGGCAGUUGCUUUGCUCAUCAAAGAGAAGGGAUUUUCUCCAUGACAAAAGUAGAAUAACAUGAGAGAGAGCGAGAGAGAGUGGCCACAUGCAGUCUGCAAGAAAAUAUCAAAGUAGUGGGCAUUAGAGUUUAGAUAAGAAGUACUAGAUUUUCAUGAGUUGCUUCCCCAAUUGGCAGUUCUAUUUGUUCUGUAGAGACAGUUGUAAAAAAUUUAAUACGGUAGAUUCGAAUUUGAUUAUAUGAAAGUUAUGUAAAGAUUUGAAUGUAGUCUGUGAAGACAACCCCCGAUUUUGCUCUCUA